AUGGUUACUGUCGCAAUUGCUGGAGGAGGCUCAGCCAUCGCCUCCAACAUCAUCAACGCCAUCCUCGCAACCAAGAAGCACCAACUCGUCAUCCUUUCUCGCUCUCCACGCCCCGAGCUCGAAGCCCAAGGCGCCAUCGUCAAAGUCGUCGACUAUGAUUCCCACGAGCAACUCACCAACGCUCUCCGAGGAGUCCACACUGUUCUCAGCUGCAUCUGGACUUACGGCCCAACCGUUGGCACCUUGCAAAUCGCUCUCCUAGAAGCGGCCAAGGAAGCCAAAGCCAAGGAACCUGUCUGGGAGGCGGUAAAGAAGUCUGGAUUGGAGUACACGCGCUUCAUCAACGGUCUGUGGAUGAACGUCUGGGCCCCUGGCGCGCCGCGAGACGAAGAAGUUGCCCGAGCCGGAUACAAGGGCCCGGCCUUCUUGCUCGAUAUCAACAGCGGCAGCAUCACCAUUCCCGGAGACGGUAACGGCAUAAUCAGCGUGACCGAUAUGCGAGACGUUGGCAAGUACGCUGCUGCGGCGCUGGAUUUCGAAAAGUGGGAUGAGGACAGUGUGAUUGUGGGCGACAAGGUUACCAUCAAUGAACUCGUUGAGAAGAUUGAAAAGAUUACGGGAAAGAAGCUCGACAAGUCAUAUGUCUCGCUGGAUGCUAUUGAUGCGGUGAUUGCUGGAGAGUAUGAUCUGACGCCUAAUGUCAACGAGAGGGUUCCGGAGGUGAAGCCACUCAAGGUUGAUGAGUUUUUGGCAACGCAUUGGACUGCGUGA